AUGGCUCCGACUCUUGAGUACUACGAUGAGGUUUCGCACGAUCUACCAGUAAAGCCCGUCGCGACAAAAGUCAACGGUGUACCUGCUGUCGCUGCAGUGCAACUCGAGGACUCCGGGAAACAUGAUCUGGUCCUCAGCUACUUCCGCGCAUACAUCGCAGACCUUUGCCAACAGUUCAAUGGCGGACAUCCCGGGUCCGCUAUGGGAAUGGCUGCCAUUGGUGUAGCACUGUACAAGUAUGUUAUGAAGUUUUCACCCAAGAAUGGCAGCUACUUCAACCGAGAUCGAUUCGUUUUGUCCAACGGUCAUGCUUGCUUGUGGCAAUACCUGUUCAUGCAUCUUGUUGGCGUCGAAGAAAUGACCACCGACCAGCUGAAGUCGUACCACUCAGAGAAGUACGACUCAAUUUGCCCAGGACACCCUGAAAUCGAAAACGAUGGCGUCGAAGUCACAACCGGCCCGCUCGGCCAAGGAGUUGCGAACGCGGUUGGUCUUGCAAUGGCCACAAAGCACCUGGCUGCAACAUACAACCGGGAAGGUCACGAGGUUGUGAACAACAUGACUUGGUGCAUGAUUGGCGAUGCUUGCCUCCAGGAGGGUGUCGGUCUCGAAGCUGUCUCCCUUGCCAGUCACUGGAAGCUCAACAACCUCUGCAUCAUCUACGAUAACAACAACAUCACAUGCGACGGAACAGCAGAUGUCGCAAACUCAGGAGAAGACAUGAACGCUAAGAUGAGAGCAACCGGAUUCAAUGUCAUCGACAUCCUUGACGGCCACUCGAAUGUCAGCUCGAUUGUCCACGCACUGCUUUCCGCUCGCAGCAGCGAUAAGCCUACCUUCAUCAACAUCCGCACAGUCAUCGGCAUUGGCUCUCAGAAAGCUGGCACACCAGCGACACAUGGAGCCGCGCUUGGCUUGGACGAUAUCGCGAAUAUCAAGAAGAGCUUUGGCAUGAACCCUGAGGAGCACUAUGUCCUGCCCAAGGAGGUUUACAGCUUCUUCGAAGACGUAGCACCACGCGGAAAACAGCUCGAGAACGACUGGUCAAGCACACUGAGCUCCUAUGAGCAGAAGUUUCCAGAGCUCGCAGCUGAGUUCAAGCUGCGCGUUGCAGGAAAGAUGCCUGAGGACUGGACCAAAUUCAUCCCCAAGAAAGAAGACUUCCCCAAGGAGCCUACCGCCACAAGGAAGUCGGCAGGUCUUGUUGGCAACCCCCUUGGCGAGAAUAUGAGCAACUUCCUCGUCGGUACCGCUGACCUUACCCCUUCAUGUAAUGUUGCGUACAAGAAGAAGGUCGACUUCCAGUCACCCGAGCUCCGUACUGCAUGUGGCCUAGAUGGCAACUACACCGGACGCUACAUCCACUACGGCAUCCGCGAGCACGCAAUGUGCGCUAUCUCUAACGGUCUCGUCGCAUUCAACAGAGGAACCUUCCUGCCCAUCACUAGCUCCUUCUUCAUGUUCUACUUGUACGCCGCGCCGGCUGUUCGUAUGGGUGCCCUCCAAGGACUGCAGCAGAUUCACAUCGCGACACACGACUCGAUCGGUACUGGAGAGGACGGUCCUACACAUCAGCCGAUCGCUCUGGCGGCGCUGUACCGUGCCAUGCCUAACGUCCUUUACAUGCGACCUUGCGACUCUGAGGAAGUCGCCGGUGCUUUUGAAGUUGCGAUCAAGGCAACAGAGACUCCCAGCAUCAUCUCCCUCUCCCGCCAGGUGCUGCCUCAGUGGGAGCAGUCGUCACGACAGGGCUUCGCAAAGGGUGCUUACGUCUUCGUCGAGGAAGAGAACUUCGACGUUACGCUCAUCAGUACCGGUUCUGAGAUGGUUUUCGCCAUGCAGACUCGCGACAUUCUGAAGUCGAAGUACAACAUCACCGCACGAGUUGUUUCUUUCCCCGUACCCCGUCUGUUCGAGCAGCAGUCCCGCGAGUACAAGCAGUCGGUGCUUAAACCGAAGUCUGGCAAGCCCGCAGUAGUCAUCGAGGCAUACGCUGCGAAUGGAUGGGAGCGUUACGCCGACGCAGCCUUUUCCAUGCGCAGGUUCGGAAAGAGUCUGCCGAGCAAGGCGGCAUACAAGUACUUUGGUUUCGAACCUGAGGUUAUGGCGCCGAAGAUCGAAGAGCUUAUCAAGGAAGUGCAGCGUGAUGGCAUUGAAGUCCUGAGGGGUGACUUCAGGGAUCUUAACGGAGCUUUGGGUAUCGGUUUCGAGCACUAG